AUGUCUUCCGAGGACAAACAGAAACCGGCGCUUGUCUUUGGUGGGCUGACUCCAUUUUUGGGGAAGGCCGUGGCGCGCCUGUCCAAGAGCGAUCCACUUGUGGAGGUGCGAUUGCGGGAGCCCGAGAAAGCAGAGAAUACAGAGUCUGGUACGGUGGAGUACUGGAAGACCUUGGCCAAGCGGGCCAACAUUCACAUCCAGGAUCCGGAGGAAUUGGAUUCUGAGGUAGCCAAUGGCGAUGUGAGUGCGACAAGGACUUCGAAUCUAUCGUUGUUGAACGGACACAGAGACAAUACCCCGGCAAUUGAGAGUUUGCCAGCGAGAAGCCUCAAAAGUCGCAGUGACGACUUUGGGUGGUUCCGCAGGUCAAAGGAGCGGUACGCGCGGUACCUUGAAACGUCUGCGCGCGAGGAGCGGGCCUUGUAUGAGCAGAUCCAGAACGAGUACCUCAACGAGCGCGAGAGCCUGCGUCAGCUAGAAGAGGAUGAGACUCGUGCAGCCCGUCUUGCGGAGUUCCUAAGCAGCAUGAGAGCUGGGCAGGAGGCGAAGGAGCAGGAGGAGGUGGAAAGUGAGGAAGAGAAGGAAGUGGAUGUCGAGGAAGAGAACGAUGAAGUGGCAGAAGAGGAGCCAGAGGAGCCAGAGGAAGAACAGUCAGAGGAAGAGGAAUCUGAACAACUAGACGAACACAGUGAACAGGACAGCGACAAUUCCAUUGAGGUGAUCGAGCUCGGAUCGGAAAGCGAGGAAGAGCCGAUCGUCGAGAACGUGGGACGCUACGCCGGCAAGACUCUUCCCCGUCUGAACCACUACUUGAGAAUGCAGGACGUCGAGGCUGAAGAGAGCGAGGAGGAGGAGGAGGAGGAAGAGGAGGAUGAACAAGAAGAAGAAGAAGAAGGAGAGGAGGAAGAGGAAGAGGAAGAAGAGUCCGAACAGGAAUCUGACGCUGCGGACGUCUCCGUGGCCGAGUCCAGUCCUGAACAGCGGUACCAGAACCUGUUUGGCGAGAGCUCUCAGGCAGAAGAGUCCGAAGACGAGCCAGAGCAGGAGUCCGAACAGGAAUCGGAACAAGAAUCCCCUCAGUCGUCGGACGUCGACCACAUCAUGUCUGAGGCCGACCAUGUGCUCAACCAGCCGAUCAACGACAGCAUCUACUACUCCUACAACGAGCCAGGAGACAUCACCGAGAAUAUCGACUGGACACAGAUUGCAGCUCUCGCGCAACAGGACCUUCCGUCGAACCAAACCACCUAUGAGGACGAGGUUGACGAUACCACGCGGAUUGUUGUUCCUGCUGACCAGACCCAGUCGCACACAAUCGACGAGUCGAUUCUCGAUCCUGAGCUGUAUCAGACAGCCAUUGAGGACGACCAUGAAGAAACUCAGGAACAGGCCGCACAGGAACCUGAACCUGUUCCCGAAUCUGUGAAGAUGCCACCUCCUGCACCUAAACCGGUCAAGAUCCCGCCUCCCAUUGAGCUUCCAAAACGCGUCCCAACUCCCGAGUCGCCUAAACUAAACCCAGGCCUACUGGAUCUGUUAUCUGGAGCUUUCGAGGUCCACAACAAGGCCACCCAGGAACCCGAAAACGAAACAGAGCACGCUGAAAAGUCUGUCCAAUUUGUGGAGCCAGAGGAGUCGACUCUUGCCGAGGAAACUGUACAGACCGAAGGUUUGGUGGAAGCCGAGUCGACACAGAUGGUGACGGCAGACGAAGCUGACACCACGCAUAUUUACGAAGAGACUGCGGACGGUACAGAGCUGGUGACAGCACAAGAGACAACUCUUGGGGCCGAGGAGCUUGAAACCGCGCACGAGUUCAGCGAGACCGCGUUUGAAAGUGCGCUCGAUAUUGACCAAGAAGGUCCGCUUGAGAUUGUUGCAGAGUCGUCCAUGAUCGAAAACGUGGACAGCGGUAACGAGUCGAUCGACCAGGAAGCGUAUGCUACUGCUCUAAUGAACACGCGGGUGGAGGACGACGACGACACGGAGUCGGUGAUAGCCAACCAGACUGUGUACUACGACGAGAACGAGGCCGAGGAACUGCUGACGGCUGUUGACGACGAAUCGGACUCGGAGAUCGUUGUUGACUCUGACGAGUCGCUGGAUGAGCAGGAAGUGGAGGAGAACAUUAUGAAAGAGUACGAGACAGAAGUUGUUGGAAAGCGGCCACUGGAGGAGGAGGACAAGGAGGAGUCUGUGAAACGGCCCAAGGUUGAGAAUAGUCUUUUGAGCUCGCUGGCUCAGUUUGCGUCCGAGGCGCUGAUGGACAUCUCGACGCCUGAGAUUUCAGAGUUUGCCGAGGAGCAGGCGGAGGAUGCAGAGGAAGUGGAGGCAGAAGCGGAAGAAGUUGUUGAGGUCAUUCCUGCUCAAGACGAGUCCGAGUUCGUGACUGCCGUUAACGAGUCGGAGGCCCAGUUGGAGGCCCAGUCGGAGGAGGAAGAACAGGCUGAAACGACAGUUAUCCAUGUUCCGCUGGAGGAGUCUGCGGACUCUGACGAGGAAUCCGCCGUGGAAGCUGAAGAGGCGGCCGCACCCGAGCCGGAAGAGGUGGACGAAGUCGAAGAAGGUGUCGAGACGAUACAGGUGCCUGUUGAAGAGGAGGAAGCAGAGGCUAAAUCAGAGUUAGAGCCACAGGAGGAAUCAGACGUGGAGCCACGGGGAGAGCGGCUAGAGCACCCAGGCAAGGCAGAGGAGCAGCUCGAAUCCGAGCAAAUUGUCGAGUUCAAUGAAACUCCCGUUAGCGAACCAGCUGAUGCGUCCGGCGACGUGGCAUCUCAGGAGGAAGUUGAGGAUAUCGAAGAGCCCCAGGUUUCUUUCCCCGUGCAGUCUUUCCCACGCUCGUUCCUGAGCUCUUUGAAAGACUUUGUGUCGGGUACCAUGAUGGACAUGGACGAGAGCGGCGCGGAGCAACCAGAGGAAUUGGAGGAGCCAGAGGAAUAUGCCUUGGAGCCGCAGGUUGAGGCCGUCGAACCGGAAGAGACAGAAGAAGUGGAGCAGGACCGAGACCAAGCAGAGGAGGAAAAAACCGUCCAUGAGGAGGAAGUGGAGACCCCAGAGGAGCAGGAAGAAGCUCUCAACACUGCCCUCGAGCCUGAGCUGCCUGAGGAAGCUGAUGAGACAGCGCUCGACGAACAGGAGACUACUAAUGAUGCCGAGGAGACUGUUGUUUUGGAGCCCGAAUCGGACCACGAGAUUACGGAGGUUGGCGAGGUUGACGUUGCAGAGACACCACGCCGUGGAAUCUUCUCUUUCCUACAGAGCUUCACCUCGAAGACGCUGCUCGACAUCACUCCAAAGAAGCAGGAGCAUGAGCAGGGGGAAGAAGUGGAAGAAGUGGAGGAAGUGAAGGAAGAGGAAAAGGAGGAGGAAAAGGAGGAGAUAAAGGAAGAACAGGAAGCGGAAGCGGAAGGCAAGGCCUCAGAACAGGAAGAGCCAUUCGAGCCAUUCGAGCCAGUCGAGCCAGCCGAAGAAAAUGAAGCCCCUGAAGCUCACGAGUCACCCGAACAGCCGGCUCAAGAGAUCUUUGUGCCUCCGGAGCCGGAAGUCUCUGAAAGGGAGUCUUCUGUGGAAACGAUCGUGGUCAUGCCGGAGAAGUCGCCAGAGAAGUCGCCAGAGUACUCUACAGAGGAGUCUGCUGAGGCGGCCGUUGAUGAACAAACUGAACCGUCUCCACAAGCAGAAUCACCGCCUGUGUCUCCUGCUACCUCCCAGCCAGAGCCGGCGGAGGUGCCCACGAUAGUGGUGAAGCCAGACCCUGUUGUGCUGGGAGCCGUGCCGUCGCUGGCUGCCGAAACCAACUCGGACGAGGAGCGCGAGACGUCGCCCAACAGACGCACACGCAGCCGGGGCGACAGAAAGCGCAAGGGCGAGCAAUCCUCGGAGACGGCGAAACGGCACCGUGUUGUUUCUGACUCGAGCGACGGUGGGCGCAAGCCGCGCACGCGGUCGCUGGUGCGCAAGGACCGGUCGUACCGUGCUCCGUCGCCGAUCAAGAUCACGAGCAGCGGGAUUUCCACACGGAGCGGACGAGUUCUAUCGUACGAGCUGGACCAGAAGCCGGAGGUGAGUCCGCCAUCGUCGGCGCUACCAAAGGCGGUGAAGGACCUGGUCACUGAGGCCGAGACGUUCAUCGAAGAGGAAAAGACCAAGGAGCUGAAAGAUCUGGUGGACGAGGCGGAGAAGUUUGUGGAGAAAGAGGAUAAGGAGGAGUCUGAGGAGGCAACGGCGCGGCGGUCGCGGCGGUCGCGCGAGCCGGAAGAUACCAAGAAACGCAUUCCUCCGCCAAGACGGCUCCGCAGACGUCGCAACAGGAAAAACUAG